AUGUUCCAAGAUCCUGACGAGGUUGCCGGAGAGCAACCUGCUGCAAAACUCGAUCAGAUUGCAGCCGCAGCACGAUCGAGUAUCCGGCGCGAGUCCACCGUCCGACCUGGUCGAUUAGCAGCCAGUCGUCGCGCUGCCAUUGAACGAGCACGGGAACAAGUAGAAGAACGACUACGCCGCGAGCGUGAGGCUGACGAAGUGCUCAAUAACUAUGCCAAUACCUUUCCACGAUCACGGUCUCAACGCGACCCGCCCGAGAACGCUCAGGAUUCAGACACCGAGGCCGGGCGCAUUCGUUCCAUCAGAAUGAGGUCGCGAUUGAGGACGCUCGGGCAAGUGCUUGCCAGAAGAGCUAACACCGAAUCAGAACCCCGGAGUGAUAUGGACGUAGCGCUCUUGAGCCGGCCACGCGGCGAGUCUGGUGCAAGAACACGGGACGACCUCGCUUCAGAUUUCAUCUUCGACACCUUUAUGUCCGAAUCUGAGGAGGCCGGUCCUCAACCGCUUCCGCGCCCGUUAAGAGAGUCCGGCCUGAGAUUCGAAGUGGGCGUGACCUCCCAGUCUGAGUCAGAAUCGUCCCGUCGGCCUCGAUUUUUUAAUCCUCGCUCUACAAGAGUCUCCAGUCCAUCCCGGAGCAGAAGACCGCCCUGGUCAUUUUCGGUCCACCGGCCGGUAUUUGCAGAUGCGGAAGACGAAGAAAAUGACAGUGCAUACCGCUCCACUUCACAGCCUCGGGGAUUGGGACGAGGCCCUGGAGACACUGCGAUCAGUACUCCUCCGCCAGAAAGCCUUGAAGCUGCGUAUCCGCCCUUGCGACGUGUCGAUCAUAUUUCGCCGCGCCCGUUGGGUGAGUCGAGGCCAAGGGUUGACGGACUUGGAGACCGCCUGCGUAGUCCCAGCCCCAUGUCUGAUGGGCCCGUGGAGGAGAACUGGGCAAAUCUCUUGAAUACGAUGGAAUCAGGCCGAUCAAGCACAGCGACUUCGUUUUUAUCAUCGCGGUCGGACUCAGGGAUCGGCUCGAACCAAUCGUCUCAGGCAACUACUGCGACCAGCUUUGGCGAAAUAGGCGGGGACGACUCGUGCGAUCUAGAUCUUCCCUCGGGCAUCACUGAAGAGGAUGUUCGGGAAAUACGUGCGCGGCACGGAAGGUUACAAAGAGAUCCUCCUCAUCAUCUCCGGAGGCCCGAAACCCGGAACGAGUUAGUUUCUGAGGCGAACCAGAGCGAGCCUGCAAGGGGAAACGAGAGAGUUCUCGAAUUGGAGGUGCUGACAAUCAUUCUCGACCGGAUGCAGAGAAGAGAAGAGAUCCCAGAUGAGUGGUGGGCCGCCGUUGGUCUGUCACCGGACAUUGUCAGAGGCAACGCUUUUGAUCCGGCCAGGCAAUAUGCUUGA